AGUAUAAAAACCGGUGGGUUUUCUUGGGUGCGUUAGCCAAGCAGAGUGUGACGCUGUACGCCUAAUCUCUUUGUUCAAUGGCGGAACUUUCUCAGCCACUUCUCUCGCAGAGUGAGGAAAAUAAACUGAUCGACUCGCCGGAAUCCGGCAGGAAAGAUACGAAGGUUCUUUUUGCUCCCGACGCCGAUGACAUCCCUCCAAUCAACACCGCACGUGAUUUCUACAGAGAGUUCUGUAUCGAAUUAAAGAAACUGUGGUACCUUGCAGCUCCGGCGGUUUUCACAUCCAUUUGCCAAUAUUCUUUCGGAGCCAUCACUCAACUUUUCGCCGGACAAGUCAGCACCAUCGCACUUGCCGCCGUCUCCGUUGAGAAUUCCGUUAUUGCUGGCUUUUCCUUCGGCAUCAUGCUGGGAAUGGGAAGUGCAUUGGAAACGCUGUGCGGGCAGGCGUACGGGGCAGGGCAGCUGGGUAUGAUGGGAGUGUACCUGCAAAGAUCGUGGGUGAUUCUCCUUACAACGGCGGUGGUUCUAACGCCGAUUUACAUAUUUUCGGCGCCGUUAUUGAAGCUGAUCGGACAGACGGCGGAGAUAUCGGAGGCGGCGGGAGUACUGUCGAUAUGGAUGAUUCCUCAGCUUUAUGCAUACGCUCUUAACUUUCCGGUCAGCAAAUUCUUGCAGGCGCAGAGCAAGAUGAUGGCCAUGUCCGUCAUCUCCGCUGUGGCUUUGGUAUUCCACACGUUCUUUACUUGGCUGUUCAUGCUGAAGCUGGGUUGGGGUUUAGCAGGUGGUGCCAUAGUGCUUAAUGCAUCAUGGUGGGUGAUCGAUUUUGCUCAGAUUGUUUAUAUAUUAAGUGGAAGCUGUGGCCGAGCUUGGUCUGGUUUCUCGUGGCAAGCGUUUCACAAUCUUUGGGGUUUCGUUAGACUCUCUCUUGCAUCUGCGGUCAUGCUCUGUUUGGAGAUAUGGUAUUUUAUGGCUCUGAUACUGUUUGCUGGAUAUUUGAAGAACGCCGAAGUUUCCAUUGACGCGCUGUCCAUAUGCACGAACAUCUUGGGGUGGACUGUGAUGGUCGCUUUUGGAAUAAAUGCAGCCAUAAGUGUUCGAGUAUCAAACGAAUUGGGAGCAGCACAUCCAAGAACAGCAAGAUUUUCAUUGGUAGUAGCUGUAGCAUCGUCGUUCGUUGUGGGUCUCAUUCUAACAGCUAUUCUCAUUAUCACAAAGGACGAUUAUCCUUACUUAUUUUCGAAUGAUUCAGCCGUGAGACAAAUUGUCAAGAACCUAACUCCUAUGCUUGGUUUCUGCAUUGUCGUCAACAAUAUCCAACCAGUUCUAUCCGGAGUGGCUGUUGGAGCUGGAUGGCAAGCUGUUGUGGCUUAUGUGAAUGUUGGCUGUUACUAUUUGUUUGGGAUUCCUUUGGGCCUUCUUUUGGGUUUCGCUCUUCACUGGGGUGUUUUGGGAAUAUGGUCUGGCAUGAUUGGAGGAACCAUAAUUCAGACUUUCAUAUUGGUAUGGAUGGUGUACAAAACCAAUUGGAAUGAAGAGGCAUCUGUUGCUGAGGAUAGAAUAAGGAAAUGGGGAGGUCCCACUGUUUCCUAAUAGAAUCACUUCUAAAAGCAUGGAGGGAAGCUAAAAACCAACCAACAUUGGCAUUGCUGUCCAUGGGGAUGUGAUGAAGAAGUUCAAAUUAGUUAUACAUCCUAUUUGAUAAAGGGUUUCAUUUUUGUCUUCUUUUUUUUGUUUAUUUACUCACUACCAAUAUGAUUCUGUUAGGAUCAACGAAUUAUUUGUUCAAAGCGUUUCUCAAAGAUAAUAAAACAAACAAACUAUUUACAUUUACAAAAGCCAAAGACAAAAUCCUUUCAAA